AUGUCUGUCACAUCUCUUCUCCUACCUCCACACGAUAGCCAUUUACCGCAUGCUGUCACAGUCCCGCUUUUGCUCGCACUCUCUUACUUUAACCUUCAAAUUUCGCCUUCACAUCCUGGGGCGCUGUUGCACGAUUCAACACUGGCACUUACGGGCAAUAAUGCAUUUGCCUGCGCGGAGUGUGCGGUAUUGGUACCAAUACUAAGCACUUCAAUAACGAAUACUGGGACCUCGGUGUUUUUAGCAAUUCCGGCUUGA